CUGGGGGAGCGAUAGUCAAUGUCGCAAGCACCUCUGGUCUGCGCGGGUUUCCGAAUAACUCUGCAUAUUCGUCCAGCAAGUUUGGGGUCAUUGGCUUGACAUUGUCUGCAGCUGGUGAGUAUGGAACUGAGGGUAUUCGAAUCAACGCAAUCUUACCAGGACCAAUCGAUACGCCGAUUAUUCGAGACGGAGAAAAGAAGGGACUCUUUGACGCAGCUUCCAUAUACAACAGUACUCUCAUGAAGCGCCUUGGUGAUGUGGACGAGGUUGCUAAAGUUUUAUGCUUCAUGUUAAGUGACGAUGCAUCUUAUGUCACCGGAGGUAAGAUUCCCGCCCAGUUCCUUGGUAGCAGCCGACGACUAAAUCAUCAUAAUAUAGCUCAGUGGACUGUAGACGGCGGCUACAGCGCGUGUUAG